AUGGCCCGCACGAAGCAGACUGCCCGCAAGUCCACCGGCGGCAAGGCCCCGAGAAAGCAGCUGGCGACGAAGGCCGCCCGCAAGUCCGCUCCGGCAACCGGCGGCGUGAAGAAGCCUCACCGCUUCAGGCCCGGAACGGUCGCUUUGAGGGAGAUCAGGAAGUACCAGAAGAGCACCGAGCUUCUGAUCCGCAAGCUCCCCUUCCAGAGGCUAGUAAGAGAAAUCGCCCAGGAUUUCAAGACCGACCUCCGCUUCCAGAGCAGUGCAGUCUCCGCUCUCCAGGAGGCCGCCGAGGCUUACCUCGUGGGUCUGUUCGAGGACACCAAUCUGUGCGCCAUCCACGCCAAGAGGGUCACAAUCAUGCCCAAGGACAUCCAGCUCGCCCGCCGCAUCAGAGGCGAAAGGGCUUAA